AUGGAAUCUAGCAACGACGAGCUAGAAAUAGUGCUUUCCAACGUCGAAACUCCUCUGUUUCUCCGCCUUCGUAAGGCUACGAUGAUCGAGUCGAAGCUUCUCUUCAAUCUUGCUGCGCCUGCCGUAAUCGUCUACAUGAUAAACUACUUCAUGUCCAUUUCCACUGAAAUCUUCUCCGGUCACCUUGGAAACCUAGAACUCGUGGUCGCUUCUCUCGGUAACACCGGAAUACAAGGAUUCGCCUACGGUCUCAUGCUAGGAAUGGGGAGUGCGGUGAAGACACUGUGUGGACAAGCGUACGGAGGUCGAAAAUACGAGAUGCUCGGUGUUUAUCUCCAAAGAUCCACCGUGUUGCUUAGUCUCACCGGCGUUCUACUCACCUUAAUCUACGUUUUCUCCAAACAGAUCUUGCUUUUCCUCGGAGAAUCACCAGAGAUUGCUUCCGCAGCUUCUCUGUUCGUUUACGGUCUAAUCCCAAAAAUCUUCGCCUACUCAAUGAAUUUCCCGAUACAGAAGUUCCUUCAAUCGCAAAGCAUUGUAACUCCGAGCGCAUACAUUUCAGCGUCCACUCUUUCCCUCCACCUUCUCUUAACCUGGCUUGCUGUUUACAAGCUCGAAAUGGAGCUACUCGGAGCUUCGCUAGUGCUCAGCUUAUGGUGGUGGAUUAUCGUGGUGGCUCAGUUCGUUUACAUCGUGACAAGUGAUCGGUGUCGUGAGACGUGGAAGGGGUUUAGUGUACAUGCUUUCUCAGGUUUAUGUAGUUCCUUUAAACUCUCCGCCGCCUCCGCCGUGAUGCUCUGUCUUCAGACUUGGUAUUUUCAGAUUCUCGUUCUACUCGCCGGACUUCUUGAAAACCAGGAACUUGCUCUUGAUUCCCUCUCCAUUUGCAUGACGAUUUCAAGUUGGGUAUUAAUGAUAUCAGUUGGGUUCAAUGCAGCGAUAAGUGUAAGAGUAAGCAAUGAAAUUGGAGCUGGAAACCCUAAUUCAGCAGCGUUUUCGGUAAUCAUCGUCAAUAUUUAUUCGUUAGUCAUAAGUGUGAUCUUAGCCUUUGUUAUAAUGGUAUUCCGUGAUGUUUUGAGCUAUGCGUUCACUGAGGGUGAAAAAGUCUCGGCCGCGGUUUCUGACCUCUGUCCACUUCUUGCUAUAACGGUUGUCCUCAAUGGAAUCCAACCUGUCCUCUCCGGUGUGGCGGUUAGAUGCGGUUGGCAAACGUUUGUGGCAAAAGGUAUUUGGAUGGGAAUGAUAGGUGGUACGCUUAUACAAACAAUUAUUUUGGCGUGGGUCACGUUUAAAACAGACUGGAAAAAAGAGGUAGGGGCAAAACAAAUUUCCUCUAAGUAUCUAAAAAAAUGCAAUAUCAAAUUCGAUCUAAAAACUCCAAUCUAA